AUUUCUUGCCUGGUUUGUACACUAAUUAUUGCCAUGUUCAUGUCUCUUGCUCUCCCCUCUCCCUCCACUUCCUAAGAGUUUUCUAUUCUCUAUCUUCAUCAUUUCUUUUUUGACAAAUAAAGCUUGUGGCGGUCUGCCCUGCUCGAGCAUCGGAGCCAAUCUGCCAAUAUGGCGCCCAAAAGUCAGGCACUACAAACAAACAUGGACGUUGAUUACGUGAUUAGCUAUCGUUUUGCGAAGACGGAAAAGGCUGUGGCCGUACAAAAGUUCGAGAAGCUAGUCGAAGCUCUCGCCAGCGUGGGGCUGCAGACGGAGGUCCGCAACGGCGACAAUCACUCUGUUCUUCUCUUCAUACGCGUCUCCUCGGACGAGCACCUGUUCGGUGAGAUCUACAGGUCAAGAGUCCGCGACUGGAUCCACGGCGUCCGAGCCGCUGCCCCUCCCAAGGAAACUCGUGAAGCCCUCGAAUCCGAGCCCCUUUAUGAAGCCGAAAGACUGCGAAUCAUAUACCAGCUGAUCACGAACCCUGUCUCGGAGGGUGGUGCGGGUAUCACCCCCAAGGAGGGCGAGUGGAAAGAGGUCGAAGCGCUAUUCGCCCUCCACGAUCAUGCGUAUAACAAGGAUUGGCUGAAGAAAUGGACUGGGCAAUGGUUCUUGAAGCCGGAGGACAUUGACGAUAUCCGCAAUCGCUUGGGUGAGAAGAUUGCCUUCUACUUCGCCUUUACGCAAUCCUACUUCGCUUUUCUCCUUUUCCCAGCAGCAUUCGGUGCCUCGGCAUGGCUGCUUCUGGGGUCCUUCUCUCCCAUCUAUGGUAUUGUGAGUUCUAUAUGGUGCAUUGUCUUCACCGAGUGGUGGAAACAUCAAGAAGUCGACCUAGCAGUCCGCUGGGGCGUCCGCAACGUCUCUCGCAUCGAGACGAAGAGGAAAGAUUUCAAGCACGAGAAGCAAAUCACAGACCCAAUCACUGGAGAGAAGGUUCUCCUCUACCCUGCUACGAAGAGAUUACAGACACAGCUGUUGCAAAUUCCUUUUGCUCUUGGUGCUGCGGGACUACUAGGAGCUUUGAUCGCGACGUGCUUUGGCAUUGAGGUGUUCAUCUCUGAGGUCUAUGGCGGUCCGUUCAAGACUAUCUUGGUCUUUCUUCCUACCGUCAUCCUUACCACGGUCAUGCCUGUUCUCACGGGAAUUCUUACUUCAUUCGCAACCCGAUUGACGCAGCUUGAGAAUUAUGAGACUGAAGCUGCUUACCAGACAGCACUCACGCAGAAGAUCUUUGUCCUCAAUUUCAUCACUUCAUACCUUCCUAUCUUCUUAACCGCCUUCGUAUACGUACCUUUCGGCAACAUCAUUGUGCCGUACCUUGAUGUCCUUAGCUUGACAGUCAGGCCCUUUGCGGAAGACGAGAAGCAGCUCCAGGCUCCCGAAGCUGGAUUCACCAUCAACCCUGACAGACUCCGUAAGCAGGUGAUUUACUUCACCGUCACCGCCCAGAUUGUAAACUUCGGCAUGGAGCUCGUCAUGCCAUACCUCAAGCGCCGUGGCUUCGCAAAGUACAAGAAGAUGCAAUCCGAGCGCGCUGCGAAAAACGGAGGAGCACCACCAUCCCCAGCCGCCAACGAUCCUCCCGAGGAUGCCGCAUUCCUCGAGCGUGUACGACAAGAGGCCGAGCUCGACGUCUACGACGUGACGACUGACCUACGAGAAAUGGUCCUCCAAUUUGGCUACCUAAGUCUUUUCUCCGUCAUCUGGCCCCUCACCGCAGUUUCUUUCGUGAUCAACGACUGGCUCGAGCUCCGCGCCGACGCCAUGAAGAUCUGCGUAGAGAUGCGACGACCCACGCCCUGGCGCGCAGACACCAUCGGACCGUGGCUCGACUCCCUCAGCUUCAUCACCUGGCUUGGCAGUCUUACGACCUCCGCUCUCGUCUACCUCUUCUCCAAUGACGGUCUCGGUCCCGACGGCCACCCUAGUAGCAUCACAGGCUGGGCGCUCCUCCUCACCGUCUUCUUCUCCGAACACGCAUUCUUCAUCGUCCGCUGGGGCGUCCGCCUCGCCAUCUCCAAGCUCGACUCCCCAGGCCUCCAGAAGGAGCGCAGGGAUAGGUUCCUCGUGCGUAACCAGUACUUCAAGGAGAACCUCAGCCUCCUCGAGAAGAUUCCCAGGAUGGCGGAGGCAGGCGGAGACAUCACGAGGGAGAGUCUCGAGGAGGAUGCCCGACGCGCGAGUCUCCAUGCGACGACGCCGGAGAUCAGGUUUUGGGCCAGGCAGAAGGGGUGGAAGGAGGUCGCUGCUGUCGGGAAGGGAUACAUUGAGCGGGCUGCGGUAGAGGUAAGCCCCGAGACUAAGAAGGAGCUUUGAGUUGUUUACGGGAAUGAGAGUGCUGGGUGGUCGAUGGAGUGUGUCGGGGGAUGAGUUCAGGAAGCGAAGAAUGAGAAGAGAUGGAGUAAAAGUGAUGGUGGCAGUGGUGAGGCGGUGCUUUUUCCUUUCUUCGAUAAACCCUUACGAGUUAUGACCGAGCGUACUUGGCCUGGCGAAUCUUUCUUGCAAUCCUUUUCUGCUUCUUCACCGAUGACACCUCUUUACAGAAUAUACACAUUUAAUACAUUUUUAUCCUC